GAUCUCCGUAUCUGCGUCUAAUCUUCUUUCCUUCCCCUCGUCACCCUUCUUUUUUUAGCUUCGGAGUUCCCUUCUUCUACCGUCGCCGUUGCCGCCGCAUUGGCCAAUGGGUUGAGAUAAUGGGGCGAAUCUCCGGGAUGGCGAGAGGAGAAGAGUGAACAGGGAUAGAUAUCUUCGCUUGCUUCGAAGAAGGAAAGAAGGAUAAGGAGAGCGAGAGGGUGGGGGUAAGAAGGGAGAAGAGUAUGUGUGAUUUGGUGGCCCGCACGGGUCGACAUCAGCAGCGAUACGAGGCCGGUUGUCGCCUUGUUGCCGGGUGUAUACCAUUCAAACAUAGAAAGUGUGAUGAAAGUUGUGGCUCUAAGCCCAAGAAGAUUGUUGAGGUUCUUAUGAUAAGCUCACAAAGUGGACCAGGCCUUUUGUUUCCAAAGGGAGGAUGGGAAAAUGAUGAAACUGUUGAAGAGGCUGCUGCAAGAGAAGCUCUUGAAGAAGCAGGAGUUCGAGGGGAUAUAAUGGAAUUUUUGGCAUUCUAUUACUUCAAAAGCAAAAGUCAUCAAGAUGAGUUCUGCCCAGAAGGCUUGUGCAAAGCUGCAAUGUUUGCUAUGCAUGUCAAGGAGGAGCUCGGCUCAUGGCCAGAACAGAGCACACGCCAUCGGAGAUGGCUUACCAUUCCUGAAGCUGUGGAGCAAUGUAGGCAUCCAUGGAUGCGGGAAGCCCUUCUUGAAGGAUUCUCAAAGUGGCAUGCCAAUAACAUGAUGAGUGCUGAAGAGGAUCAUCCUGGCCCCAUCAGUUCGACCCCAGCAAGAUGACCCAGCUCUGAGUCCUAGGCUUUUUUUUGCCUUUUGUUUCAUGAAGAUACAACAACAACACCAAUCUCCAGAUGCUUUUCAACCUCUUCUUAUUUGAAUAUGUACUGCUGACUCUGGAUGUAUUUGCACAUUUUUUUUCUUUUUUGUUUCAAGAAGAUCCAGAGACAAACGCGAGUGCUCUUCUGAUGUUUAGCUGUUGACAUCAUGCUACUUGGGCUUGUUCUGCCUGGCUUUUGAUGUUUUUGCAUUUAGUUUACAAAUAUGCUUUUUUAACUCCAGUAAACCUGCUUGGCUGCUUGUUCU